CCAAACUGCUCCUCUCUUAUUAUUCACCGAGUUCCUGCAUUCAACCAGACCUACGGUGAGUCCCUCCGCUGUAGUCCUCAGUGCCAGAGAGUUUAUCCCUGCGAACCAGUUCUCGGAAAUAACAAAAGAGUUUUCAUCCACUCCGUGGGCGCAAAGGCUUUCAUCGUGGCUCUUUCACGAGUGGCAUGCUCGCGCGACCCUUCGGGUACGACUGAACUCCUGCUUUCACCCAAAGAGGAUUCAAUGAAAAUGUCAGUGUGCGUCCAUGAGAACAGAAAAUCCAGAGCCAGCACCGGCUCCAUGAAUAUCUACCUUUUUCACAAAUCCUCCUAUGCUGACAGUGUUCUCAUGCACCUUAACUCUCUACGGCAGCAGAGGCUUUUUACAGACGUCCUCCUUCAUGCAGGCAGCCGCUCCUUCCCCUGCCACCGGGCAGUGCUGGCCGCAUGCAGCCGCUACUUUGAGGCCAUGUUCAGUGGCGGCCUGAGGGAGAGCCAGGCCAGCGAGGUCGACUUCCGAGACUCGAUCCAUCCGGAGGUUUUGGAGCUGCUGCUUGAUUACGCGUACUCAUCCCGCGUGGUGAUCAACGAGGAGAAUGCAGAGUCACUACUGGAGGCUGGGGACAUGUUGGAGUUUCAGGACAUCCGCGAUGCCUGCGCCGAAUUCCUGGAGAGAAAUCUUCAUCCGUCCAACUGUCUUGGCAUGCUAUUGCUGUCUGACGCCCACCAGUGUACAAAGCUGUCAGAGCUCUCCUGGGGCAUGUGUCUAAGCAACUUCCCCGCCAUUUGCAAGACAGAGGACUUUCUCCAAUUGCCCAAAGAUAUGGUAGUGCAGCUUUUGUCACACGAGGAGUUGGAGACGGAAGACGAGAGACUGGUUUAUGAAGCUGCGCUUAACUGGAUCAACUACGACCUAGAAAAGAGGCACUGCUACCUCCCAGAGCUUCUGAGGACAGUCCGUCUUGCCUUACUGCCCGCCAUCUUUCUCAUGGAGAAUGUUUCAACAGAAGAGCUGAUUAAUGCACAGGCAAAGAGCAAGGAACUGGUAGAUGAAGCUAUUCGCUGUAAGCUGAAGAUUCUCCAGAAUGAUGGCGUUGUAAACAGUCCCUGUGCUCGACCCAGAAAAACCAGCCAUGCCCUCUUUCUUCUUGGGGGGCAGACAUUCAUGUGUGAUAAAUUGUACCUGGUGGACCAGAAAGCCAAAGAGAUAAUCCCGAAGGCUGACAUACCUAGUCCUAGAAAGGAAUUCAGUGCCUGUGCCAUAGGCUGUAAGGUGUACAUCACAGGGGGGCGAGGAUCAGAGAAUGGCGUUUCCAAAGACGUGUGGGUCUAUGACACUGUUCACGAGGAAUGGUCAAAAGCGGCACCCAUGCUCAUCGCCAGGUUUGGCCAUGGCUCUGCAGAGCUGAAACACUGCCUCUAUGUUGUAGGUGGACACACUGCCGCAACAGGCUGUCUGCCAGCCUCCCCAUCGGUGUCACUCAAACAAGUGGAACAAUUUGACCCGGUGGCAAACAAGUGGACCAUGGUAGCACCUCUCAGAGAAGGUGUGAGCAAUGCAGCAGUGGUCAGCGUGAAGCUCAAGCUGUUUGCCUUCGGAGGAACCAGCGUCACCCACGACAAACUGCCCAAGGUGCAGUGCUAUGAUCCACAAGAGAACCGAUGGACUGUGCCGGCAUCCUGCCCGCAGCCCUGGCGUUACACGGCCGCUGCCGUGCUGGGGAACCAAAUAUUUGUCAUGGGCGGGGAUACUGAAUUCUCAGCCUGCUCAGCUUACAAGUUCAGUAGUGAGAACUACCAGUGGACUAAAGUUGGGGAUGUGACAGCCAAGCGGAUGAGCUGUCAGGCUGUGGCAUCAGGAAACAAACUGUAUGUGGUGGGUGGGUACUUUGGUACGCAGCGGUGUAAAACUCUGGACUGCUACGACCCCACGCUCGAUGCAUGGAACAGCAUAACUACUGUUCCAUAUUCGCUCAUUCCUACCGCCUUUGUCAGCACCUGGAAGCAUCUACCAGCUUGAAUCCUGAACUGUUCGCCUCUACCCUCCCUAUUAGAUUUCCAGUUUUGCAUCAUCUGCUGGUUUCCUAGCCGUGAAGAAGCACAUUUUCUCUUCCUCCAAAAGUCGCCAAGCAACAAUGUACAGGUGCCCUGCAUUAGUCUUUGUGUCGCAAAGAAAAAAAAACUGAAAGAGAA